AUGACAGGGGUCGACCUAGAGAAAUGCAAGCGUAUCGUACAAUACUUCUGGGACCCCGAACCCAAGAAUGACACUACGCCAGAAUCCCCCAUAUGGUGUUUGGGCCAACGAUACACGCCCACUCCGCCAGCGGAGCCCCAUGAUACAGACCAGGCGAGUCGCGUCGAGCAAGCAGCAAACGGUGUGAAUGACACAGGCAGUGCCUGGCCCGAGGCCUUUCUGGCCGAUUUUGAAUCACGAAUAUGGAUGACCUACCGAUCGCACUUCGCGCCCAUUCCGCGCAGCAACAAACCCGAAGCGACAUCGUCGAUGACGCUGGGAGUCCGCCUGCGCAGUCAGCUUAUGGACUCGCAGGGCUUCACAUCCGAUACCGGGUGGGGUUGCAUGAUUCGGUCAGGACAGAGUCUCCUUGCAAAUGCUCUAAGUAUCCUACAGUUCGGACGAGACUGGCGAAGAGGACAACGGCCUGAAGCAGAAUCGAAGCUGUUGGCCAUGUUUGCAGAUCAUCCCAAAGCCCCAUUCUCCAUACAUCGCUUUGUCCAGUGCGGAGCCGAGUCAUGUGGGAAAUAUCCCGGGGAAUGGUUUGGGCCAUCAGCAACUGCCAGAUGUAUCCAGAUGCUAUCUAAUACACAAGAACCACCGACGCUCCGAGUCUACGUGACCAAGGACACCUCCGACGUUUACGAAGAGCAAUUUAUUCGACUUGCCAGCAAUCAAAACGGGCAGAUUCAGCCAACAUUGAUACUCAUGGGUGUCAGGCUGGGGAUCGACCAUGUCACCUCGGUCUAUUGGGAUGGACUACAGGAGGCUUUGCAGUACCCACAGUCUGUGGGGAUCGCCGGCGGUCGCCCAUCUGCAUCACAUUAUUUCGUGGGGUCGCAGGACUCCCACCUGUUCUUCCUUGACCCACACUCCACACGCCCAGCAGUACCUUAUCGCCCCGACGAAGCAUUAAGUGUAGAAGAAUUGGAUACCUACCACACCCGUCGGUUGCGGCGCAUUCACAUCAAGGAUAUGGAUCCCAGCAUGCUCAUUGGAUUUUUGAUCAAAGACGAUGCUGAUUGGGCUGAUUGGAAAGCCCGAGUCCAGUCCACGACGGGGAAACCGAUCAUCCACCUUGUCACGGGGGAACCGCCGAUCGAUGCAGGACAUGGCCGGAAGGAGGCGCUGGAUGAAGUGGAGGUUUUGGAUGAUUCUGAUUCCGAUGCCGAUGCACUGGUGUAA